CAUCAUUCACAGCUUCUCAGAUGGACAUUUUUCAAAUUUUAGAAAACCAAGAGACAAGAUAAUCAUCCACCAAGAGGUCUUAACUUGAAGUGCAGUCAGUAAAGAAGGGGAAGGCUCACUAAUUGUUCCAUGAGGAAUCAAGGGCCAUGGUACUGAUUGGACUUUGUCUCCUGCUGCCAGUCUUAUGGGUUGGCAUGGUUGAUGGUGACCAGAUGAAACCAGCCCAACCACCUCUGAUCCCUCAUCGGCCUUUUGUUGUAGUCUGGAAUGCUCCUACUGAGUCAUGCCGGCUUCGGUUUAAGGUGGACCUGGACCUCAGCAUUUUUGAUAUUGUAGCAAAUCUCAAUGAAACCUUAAGUGGACCAAACGUCACCAUCUUCUACCACAGCCAUCUGGGAUACUACCCAUACUACUCUAACUCUGGAAUACCAAUAAAUGGUGGCCUGCCGCAGAACCAGAGCAUCUCCAAACAUCUUAGCAAAGCCCGGGCUGACAUUGACAAGUUGAUCCCCCACAAGGAUUUCCGAGGCUUAGGAGUCAUUGACUGGGAGAACUGGAGGCCCCAGUGGGUCAGAAACUGGGGCUCUAAAGACAUUUACCGCAAAAGGUCCAAGGAACAGAUCCGAAAAUUUCACCCAAAUUGGCCAGAGAGCAAAGUUGAAAAGGAAGCAAAGGAAGGCUUUGAGAGAGCUGGACAAGCUUUCAUGAACCUGACCUUGGCACUGGCUCAAGGCCGCAGACCAGGUGGGUUGUGGGGUUUUUAUCUAUUUCCAGACUGCUACAACUAUGGCUACAAGCAGCAACCACAACAUUAUACCGGGGAGUGCCCCAAUGUUGAACAUGUUCGUAAUGACCAUCUGAUGUGGCUCUGGAAGGAGAGCACAGCCUUCUACCCAUCCAUCUACCUGGACUACGAGCUGAAGUCCUCCUCCAACACGGUCAAGUUUGUCCACUAUCGAGUCAAGGAAGCCAUGAGGAUUGCAUCCAUUGCACAUAGGGACUUCACAUUGCCUGUGUUUGUCUACUCCAGACCAUUCUAUGCCUACACUUUUGUAGUUCUGUCAGAGAGUGACCUUGUUCACACCAUUGGGGAAAGUGCCGCCUUGGGAGCAUCAGGUGUUGUCCUCUGGGGAUCCUCAGAGUAUGCUCGAUCACAGAGAAACUGCCUAACUGUGAAGAAGUACAUCAAUGGUCCUCUGGGGCAUUAUGUCAUCAAUGUCACAUCAGCUGCAAAGCUGUGUAGCAAAGCAUUGUGCAAGAAGAAUGGUAGAUGCAUUCGUAAGAGCCUGGACUCAGGCACUUACCUACACCUGAACCCACGCUUCUUUCACAUACACCAUAACUCAGCCCCCAGUGGCCCCCGUUUCCACAUCAGCGGUCACCUGAACAACCACGACAUCCUGGACAUGAAGCACAAGUUUACCUGCCAGUGCUACCAGGGUUGGACAGGAGUUUACUGCGAGGUGCCUCAGACUCUGCCACCUCUUCCUCCUCCACGCCAACCCAUUUUGCCACUACCUCACCCUCGGGAGAACAGUCUGCUGGGAGAGCUCCUGCUCCUCCUGUCACUCCAUUUUUCCUGUCUGUGCAUCAUCUUGUUCCUGGGACUCUGUUUGAUAAUCAAGUCUCUCGUACUGUAGACACAAAGACAUCAUUUAGGAUCAGAGAAUUGCUGUAAAGUCUUUGCCAGACCACAAGAAAGAUCAGCCACAGUUCAUGCUAGUAGUUUAAGAAAACUCCUUGUAUUGAAAUGAAUGGGAAAGUCUCAGCUUUGGUUUACGAAUGCUAAGUCGGCGCUAAUGGUAAGAUAAGUCUGAGUAUGGCCUGAUAGAUGCAACAAUGUUUGCAUUUAUGUUUAAGUUCAGUUCCAGACAUUCAGGAAAAAUGUGCAUUGUGCUUUUAUUUAUGCCAUAAUGGACAAAUUCAGAUUCCUAUAAUGUUCCCACAAAAGACUAGUAUGUAUAUAUUUUUUUCAUGACAGUUCUGUCACUUCUUUGAGGUUGACCAGUAUAAGCACAUAAGCACAAAAGACGAGUUAUGCUCCCAGUGAUACCAGUAGGAACAGUAUAAAGGAGUAAUGGAAGACAGCCAGUAUCACAUAGACUGCUCUGGUUGCCAUUUUUACAUACUUUUAUGGGAAAUUGCAAGAUAACCCCUUUCUGAUGACAUCAUACGCAUUAUGAAAGAUGGCAAGCACGAUUAAUUGGGGAUUAUAUACAGUGGCUUGCAGCAAUGCAUUUACAGCCACUAGUGUGCCUGUCCUUAGAAAUAGAUAAGACAUAAAACAUAUUUCCAGGCAGAUUUAAACUAUGUGGUACAUUUUAUUGACCUUAUAGAAACAGUAGUAUUUCUUCAUACAUACAUAUGUUUUUCACUUUAGAAACUUGAUUGAUGGUUGACUCUAAAGAAAGUGUUUUAACAUUGUGGGAUUUACAUGCAUUCUCUUUGAGAGAAAGAGAUUCAUGGACUGAUGGAUGUAUGUAAAAUAGAGGAGUCAGGGUGUGGAAGAAGGGAUGAAACAAUUUAUCCUGAUAUGUCCAAUAUUACAAAUAGACCAACCAGCACCUCUAAAUUAAUUAAUGCUUCUUGUAUAGUUUUUUUUUAAACAUUAUUUUUAUUUGAAAUUUCCAUAGGAACCAUUUAUACAUUGAUCAUAGUUUUAAUGAUAGUAGAAAUAAAAGGCACACUUAUAUAGUCCAAGUUUGUAUGGGUUCCAAUUGCACAUGUUUAUUGACAUGAGUAAACAUAUGAUCUGAACAUUUAGGUCAGAAACAAAUGACCUAACAGUUGAGUCGAACACAAGGAGACAAAAAACAAAACAAAACAAAACAAAACAACAAAACAAACAAACAAACAAAAACCUCUCAGACAGGAACAGUAGAAACCAAACAUCAACUUAUUUAUCAAGGUCACACAUCUUAUAUUCAACUUUCCUCAUCUACGAGUUUUGCAUCUUUGACAAACAGGCAGAAUGGAGCCCAAAUCUCCUCAAAUUUCUCUUGCUUCCCUUUCUGUAUAUAUGUUAUUCUUUCCAAAGGGAAGGUUGCUAACAUUUGUCUAAUCCAAAAUGCAACACGUGGACUAUCUGUUCUUUUCCAAAAGAGUGCAAUAGAUUUUUUUAGCAUGCAACAGACACAUAUCUAUUAAAACAAGGGGUGGGACUCGAUUAAAAAAAAUAAUCGAAUUAAUUAUAAGCUUUGUAAUUAAUUAAUUGAAAUUAAUUGCAUUUUAA